AUGCAGAGAAGCUCCAGAGAAGCUGAAACAAUGAAAAAUCAGGUACUGUUUCCCCUCCUGCUUUCUUUGUUUUGUGGGGCCAUCUCCCAGCCGAUCCUCUACUCCAUUCCGGAGGAGCUGGCCAAGGGCUCUCAGGUGGGGAACCUCGCCAAGGAUCUUGGGCUCAGUGUCCAGGAGUUGCCUGCUCAAAAGCUGCGGGUUAGUGCAGAGGAUUAUUUCAACAUGAGUGUGGAGAGUGGAGACUUGUUGGUGAGUGGCAGGAUAGACAGAGAGAAGAUUUGUGGGGGCAAGUCUGAAUGUGCACUAGAAUUUGAAUCAGUCACUGAAAAUCCAAUGAACAUUUUCCAUGUGAUUGUUGUGAUCCAAGAUAUUAAUGAUAACAUACUACAUUUCAUUGCAAAAAGCACUGAAUUAGAAAUCUGUGAGUCAGCCUUACCAGGAGUAAAAUUCCCUCUGGAUUCUGCACAAGAUGCAGAUGUAGAAAGUAACUCACUAAAGAUAUACACCAUCAACCCCAAUCCAUAUUUCUCUCUGUUGACAAAGGAAGGCCCUGAUGGAAGUAAAUACCCAGAAUUACUGCUGGAAAAACCUUUAGACAGGGAGCAUCAGAGCUCUCAUCUUUUAAUCUUGACUGCUAUUGAUGGUGGGGACCCACCUCUAAGCAGCACCACGCAGAUCUGGAUCAAAGUUACUGAUGCUAAUGAUAAUGCUCCGAUGUUCAGUCAAGACAUAUAUAGAGUUACUCUCCAAGAAAACAUGCCCCCAGGUACCUCUGUACUGCAGGUGGUGGCCACAGACCAGGAUAAGGGUGUUAAUGCAGAGAUCACCUAUGCCUUCCUCGAUGCCCCAGCAAGCACUAGCCUCCUCUUCAAUCUCAAUCCAACUACAGGAGAUAUCACAACCAAUGGCACAUUGGACUUUGAAGAAAGGAGUAGAUUUAUCUUGGGCAUAGAAGCCAAGGAUGGAGGAGUGCACACGGCUCCCUGUAAUGUUCAGAUUGAACUUGUUGAUGAGAAUGACAACACUCCAGAGGUGACAUUCAUAUCCCUUUCUAACCAUAUUCCAGAAGACUCAGACCUUGGAACCAUAAUAGCCCUCAUUAAAGUAAGUGAUAGAGACUCUGGGCAAAAUGGUCUGGUGAUGUGCUAUAUCCAGGAAGAAGUUCCCUUCAAACUAGAAUUCACUUCUAAAAAUUAUUACAAGCUAGUAAUUGAGAGGACCCUAAAGCGGGAAGAGACCUUGGAGUACAACAUUACCCUUAUAGCCACUGAUAAAGGAAAGCCAUCCCUUUCCUCUAGGACAAAAGUCACCCUGCACAUCACUGACAUCAACGACAAUGCACCUGUUUUCCAGCAGGCCUCCUACACGGCCCAUGUGGCAGAGAACAAUCCUCCCGGAGCUUCCAUUGCUCAGGUCAGAGCCUCUGGCACUGAUCUAGGACCCAACGGCUAAGUCUCCUACUCCAUCGUAGCCAGCAACCUGGAGCCUAGAGCGCUUCUGUCCUACGUGUCUAUGAGCGCACAGAGCCGGGUGGUGUUCGCGCAGCACGCCUUUGACCACGAGCAGCUGCGCGCCUUCCAGCUCACGCUGCAGGCCCGCGACCACGGUUCGCCCGCGCUCAGCGCCAACGUGAGCCUGCAAGUGCUGGUGGGAGACCGCAAUGACAACGCUCCGCGGGUGCUGUACCCCGCUCUGGGGCCCGACGGCUCAGCGCUCUUCGACACGGUGCCGCGCGCCGCCGAGCCCGGCUACCUGGUCACCAAGGUGGUGGCUGUGGACGAUGACUCGGGACACAAUGCGUGGCUGUCCUACCACGUGCUUCAGGCCAGCGACCCUGGGCUCUUCAGCCUGGGGCUGCGCACUGGCGAGGUGCGCACCGCUCGUGCCUUAGGCGAUAAAGACGCUGCCCGACACCACCUGCUGGUCGCGGUGCGUGACGGAGGACAGCCUCCUCUUUCGGCUACAGCCACGUUGCACAUCAUGUUCGUGGAUAGCCUGCAAGAGGUCUUGCCGGACCUCAGCGAAGGGCCUGUGCCCUCUGACCCCCAGGAGGAGCUGCAGUUUUACCUGGUGGUGGCCUUGGCCUUGAUCUCUGUGCUCUUCCUCCUCGCUGUGAUUCUAGCGGUUGCUUUGCGCCUGCUCCACUCCUCCAGCGCAGCUCCAGGGAGCUGUUUGCAGCCUGGCUUCAGCUCCAAGUCUGGACCAGUGGUUCCCUCUCACUACAUUGAGAGAACUCUGCCAUUUUCCUACAAUCUGUGCAUUGCCUCCCAUUCUUCAAAGACAGAGUUUAAUUUUCUGAACGUGACACCACAGGUGGCUCCCUCUCAGGAUCUCCAGUGUGAUGAUCCUUGUGCUGUCACAUGUGCCAGUAAUGAAGAUCCCAAAUUAGUUUGUGACUUUUCGUUUUCCUCCCACGUAAGUAUAUGCAAUCCAGUUUGAAUUUUACAUAUUUCAU